CAGUGGACUUUCUUCUUAUAUAACCGGAGCUCGUGCUGUAGUUCGCAUGAUACAGUCAGUAGCCCAAAUUAAGGGUUUCGGUAUGGUGGAAUCUUAGCUACAAUCGCUAGAAUGGCUAGAUAAACAGGCCGUUGAAAGCACUGGAACAAAUACGGUACUUGACUGUACAGACAGACAAUAUCGAAAAUGCGACCGUGUGUGACAGGUAGAGCGCUGGAGAUGCUGGGGUGCAGUAAUAUUAACAGUCCCGGAGUGACUAGGAUUUUGAGGUCUCCCAUGUCGAAAACAAUCAACCUCAACGGUGUGAACGAAAGAUUCCGUUCCACGUCCUCGAUGCAGGGAUAUUUCGAGUUGGCUCGUGAGAGGUCCAAAACCGUUGCUUCGUUUUACAACCAGUCUGCAAUCGAUGCUUCUGCAGAAAAGGCCUCCGUUAGAUUGACUCCAGCCACUCUACUGUAUGCAGGGAAGUCUCCAGAUGGGCACCAUGUUCUGAGCAGUGCCAAGUACCUGCAGAAGGAGCUGCCUGUGCGUAUCGCCCACCGCAUCAAGGGGUUCCGCAGCCUACCCUUCAUCAUCGGGUGUAACCCGACCAUCCUGCAAGUGCAUGAGCUGUACAUCCGGGCCUACCACAUGCUCUGCGACUUCCCUGCGAUCAAGGACCAGGAGACUGAAACUCGGUACAGCACACUGGUGCAGCAGCUUCUGGACGAUCACAAGGAUGUGGUCACUAUGCUGGCCGAGGGCUUCCGGGAAUGCCGCAGACACAUACAGGAUGAGAAUCUCGUUCGCAACUUCUUGGACACCACGCUGACCUCCCGGCUGGGUAUUCGCAUGCUGGCAACACACCACUUGGCCCUGCACGAGGAAAACGCCGACUUCGUGGGAAUCAUAUGCAGGCGACUUUCCCCGAAAAAGAUCAUCGAGAAGUGGGUGGAUUUUGCAGGCAGGCGUCUCUGCGAGCACCAGUACGGGAGCGCCCCCCGGGUACGGAUCAACGGGCAUGUGGCGGCCCGCUUCCCCUUCAUCCCGCUGCCCUUGGACUACAUCCUGCCGGAGCUGCUGAAGAACGCCAUGAGGGCCACUAUGGAGAGCCACCUGGACACACCGUACAACGUGCCCGACAUCGUGGUCACCAUCGCCAACAACGAAACAGACUUCGUCAUCAGGAUCUCUGACCGGGGCGGCGGAAUCCCACACAGCAUCCUGGCGAAGGUGAUGGACUACCACUUCAGCACAGCGGAGCAGAGCGCCCAGGACCCGCGCAUGAGCAACCUCUUUGACAGCAUAACCAACAGCGGGCCGCAGUCCGGCCCCAUGCACGGGUUUGGCUUCGGCCUGCCCACAUCGCGGGCCUACGCAGAGUACCUGGGCGGCUCCCUGUCCGUCCAAUCCAUGCAGGGCAUCGGCACCGACGUGUACCUGCGCCUCAAACACAUCGACGGCAAAGGAGAGAGCUUCCGUCUCUGAAAGACCCCACGGCCCCCCCAUCCCCCAGACACGCACACGCAUUAACACUCGCACAGGCACACACACUGACACACACACCCGCCCCUCACCGUCUCCCCCUGCUGCCCAUCCUGUGGGACAUGGCUGUGGCAGCCCAGUCUGGAGAACUGGCCACUGGGAUGAGUGACUUGCUGCAGUGGCCUGGUGUUUUUUUAGGAGGUUUUUUCCUCGUAUCGCCAUGGACAACAGCGGAACCCUGGCUGCCGCAGCCUGGCGCACCUGCGCUCUCUUGCCAGCUCCCACCUGACUGUAAGACGGCUUGUGUUGGGGAUGUUCUGUUUGUGUGCGUACCCCGUCUCUCCCCAGCACCACAGACGGAGCAAUGUUCGCUUGUGAACACCAGGAGAGGGAUUUAUGUAACGUCUAGUGUUGCUUUCGCAUAAAAAAAACUAUUUUUAAAAAGCCUUAAAUUGGUGUAAUUUGCUUGUUUGUACCUCUCACACUGCCAAGCCUUCAAAUAUCUGCACCUUGAAAGCACAAGGAACUGAGAGGAACUUGUGCGGACCUCUCCAUCCUGCUCGACGGCGAGGUCCAGUGUCUGCUGGGAGAUGUAGUUCUUCAGCCAUGACGCUUUGUGAAGGAACCGUUUCUAAAUGUCUUGUCCUUGUAAUCCUGGUGUUGUGUGGCAGUCUGAGGGAAUGUUCUGGGUGCCGUUCUAUUUUGCUUCCCCUUUCCUUGCACCACACUCACUGCGCCAGCGCAUUCAGUGGAUUCUCGAUGAAUGGAUGAGGUGGUUUUUCUCAAAAAAAGUAUUCAUGAGAGGUUCAUUUGCUUUUCUGCAAGGGAUGAUUGCGUACCUCCCUGCCAUAACGAUGGUCAUCAGCGUUUCUGCUGUUCAGUCAUCAACAAUAGUGUUUUGGGCUAUUCUCCUUGUAGAUCAAGGCAGUACAAGCUGUUCCCAGUUAACCUGAUUUACAACAAUGGGCAUGUUUUCAUGAAUUGAUACCGAAUAUGUGUGGAAAGCUAAUACUCUAGAAAUGAAAUAAGCUAGGGAAAUGGUUUUAAGAUUUCAUAAAACAAAUCAAUCCAAAUAUCAAGUGUGUUUUUAUUGAGGAAUUUGAGCUAAUGAACUCCAUAAUCUGUAUAUUUAACAGAUUGUUGAUUUCCUCCGUUAGAAGCGAACUGUGUGAGUGGGUAUUGUAUGUAACACAUUCCGACUGUGUACAGUCCCCUUGUAAUAGGUGGACAUUAGGCAUGAACUUAUCCUCUCGUGGCAGGUUUUUGAAGUGCAUGAGUAUUUGACAUAAAUGCAAGUUAUAUUCUGGCAUUUUGGUGCUGCCAAUGUGAUCACAUGAAAGUGAAUGUUUCUGUUUGAAGCUAGAAAUGUUUUAUAACAGGCCAGCAGUAUGUCAGAUUUGGUACAAAUUCCAUUUCACUGGGUUUUUAGAACCAGAUUUCAAGAAUGAGAGAUGUGUUGACUGAGCUUGCCCCCUGCUGGCAAAUAUAAAUAACUACAUUUUGGCUGAGGAAAAAAAACUAUUAUCGAGGGAAAGUCGAAUUGCCUUAAAGGGUGCUUUAUUUCAUUUGAAAGUUAGAGAACGGCACAAGUUAACUGAAAAUUGAAGUAAUUUAAGUUUGAAAAUGAUGCUUUGUAUUGUCAUAUAAUGAAAACUAACAUUAAUUUGGCGCACUUUCCUAGCUUAUGGCCAAAUUAUAUAGUGAGGUUUAUAUUAUGAAGAGGUUGACAUUUAUAUUAUGAUUUGUUGACUUUUGGUUUCCGUAGAUGUCAAAUGUGUAUAGUUUCUUGGGCAUUAAUUAAAUUCUUGAUGAAAGCAA